UAGGGAAGCUGUCUGCUAGAAAUCAGAAUUGGAUGGUUGCUGUUCUAUUAUUUUGUAGGAGAAAGAUUUGUGGCUAAUGUAUAUAAAAUGUUGAUAUUUUGACUAAUGAUUAGUUUAGAGCUGUGACCAAUAACUGUUACCUUCACUUAUCUGCGUUCAACUUACUUGGCUUGUCAUGGACGAGGGGAGAAUGAGCGUGGAUUCAGAUGAAGGGGAAAUGAUAAUCAAUGAGAUUGAUGGCUUGCCCAAUCUUCACCCUAACUACAAUGAUCUUCAAUUAAAUCAGCCUACAUCCCAAAUAGAGCCCAGGACCAUUGAUGAGCUUAUACAUGAUGAGGAUUUGCCAAUGUCUGUAAUUGUUACCAACUUGGACAACUCCCUUUUCAAAAAAGACGAUCUCAAGAAAGAAAUAGAAGCAUUGUUCAAGCAGUUUGGUGAAGUAGCGACUUUCCAGUACUUCCGCAGCUUUAGAAGGAUGAGAGUCAACUACAGCUGUCCUACGGCUGCGGCUAAAGCAAGAAUCCAAAUGCACCAAACCCAAUUUCUCAACUCCAUCAUUAACUGUUAUUUCGCUCAGCCCGUGACACCUAUAGAUGCAGCAGAUCAGCAUCUACAGCCACCUGCGCUCACUAAACAGUUUCUCAUCUCGCCGCCUGCCUCUCCUCCUAUUGGCUGGGAGCCGAGAGAUGAGGGGGAACCACUCGUCAACUACGAUCUGCUCGCAGCUAUUGCCAACCUCACUCCAGGGGAGACCCACGAGCUUCACGCUGCGUCUGGCAGUCAGCCUGGCAUUGUCGUACAUGUCUGUGAGGAAGGCGUCACUGCGGGAGUUAAGGGAGCACGAAUAGCCCACACACGCUGCCCUCAACCCGACAACUGAAUCAGUUAUUCUACUAGUUGAAGUAAUAUAAUUUUGCAUAUCAUGUAAUUUGUGAUUGUUCACAUCGGUUCUUUGGUACAGUAGACCCUCUCUAAAUCGUAUCAUCCGCUGGGAUUGUCAGCCCCUGCUCGAGCUAACCCUAAUUAAAUGGUUGUUGCUUUUCUUGGAAUCUAGAGAUUUUUUGCUUCCUUCCUUAUUGCAGUAAUAACGUAGAGUCGUUCCCUGACAGGCUGUUUUUCUUUUAAUUUUUCAUUACUACUCGAGUACAGUAUAUUAUAUUUUAUAAAACUUUGCAUUUAACCAAACAUUUAUUCUGCUGAGUUGUUCACAAGAAUAGUAUCAAUAAUUUAUUGAUUCAUUUUAUACAGUUGCAUGUUUUAGUUAACCUAGGCGCGGUCUCGUAAGGGUUUGGGUUAAGAGAGCGUGUACUGUACCUAUAAAUUACCAUCGACAAUGAGAAAAAACAUAUAAAAUUAUUAGAGCUUGAUUGUCAACCGAUUCAGUUUCAGUUCGGCUUGUAGUCAAAGACGAAGAUUAGUAGCAGUGUUAGCUGGGGUUCAGAAUAAGAGAUGUUAGACUAUUUUUUAAUGUUAGUUGUUAACGAGUCAGAUUUAUAAAUGAUACUUAUGAUAGGAUGAUGUAAAUAUGUGAUGUAUAUAUUUGUGUUUUGUUUCAAAAGAUUUUCCUAACGGACUCUAUUUAUUUUAGUGUUAAGUGUGCGCUUGACUUAUAUAAAUAAUGUUAAAAUACGAAUUAGUUGCGUCUAGUUAGUUGCAAGCUAAGAGAGUCGACGCUUUUAUAUAUUGCUUUUUAAAGAGUAGUGUAUUUUGAAUUUCACUGUCAAAAGUCAAGUUAACUUUGAUGUCAGUUUACAUACAUCUUAUAGGAGCAAGCAACAAAUGCUUUAUUAAAAGUGUAGAUGAUUUCACUCUAGCUUAAUUCUUACAGUAAUAUAUUAUUUUUAAUUAUUCAACAAUCUUUUUCGAGUUUAAAGUUUGCAAAGAUUUAAUUAUAACUGGUCCGUUGGAUCUUUUUGUGAUGGCUUUGUAUUUUAUUAAGUUUAUUUUACAAUUUAAUUUUUAAAACAAUUCCCUUUACCUUUAAUAUGUUUUUACCAAUGAGUAACAUAUUAAAAAUCAUUGUUUUCAAUUAGUUUCAGUACUAUAUGAAUUAUUACUCCAUUGAUUUCCAAAAUACCAUUGUACUCAAGACGCCACUCAAUAGGCCACGAAUGAAAUUAACAACAUCAACCCUAAAAACAAUCUAAGAACCUAUAUUAGCACAAUUUUGAAAGUCUUGUUUGGAAGCAAACAAAUCUCAACUACAAAAUCCAGUGACUCAACAAUUUAUUGUUUUGAUUUUUCUUCAAUGUCUACAGAACUCACUUAAGUAUCAAAUCUUCAAACUAUUGUUGUCCAUUUCAUUUAAAACUGUUCAAACAGCUCACAAUAUUCAGUACUUUAUUAUUAUUCGGAACAUUUGUUUUUAGAGCAUUAAGGUUAAGCUGCUGUGUCUAUAGGUUGGUGGUCCGAAUAAUAACAAAUUAUUCAAUAUUCACUGGUUGCAGGGCCGUAUUUAGAACCUAUGAGGCCCCCGGCGGCUCUCACCAGAGAGGCCCCUCUAUAUUCUGAUUCUUUUAAGGUUGGAACUAAGGGUUUAUAAGUACACAUGGAAUUGCUUCAACUUGAUGAAUUGAAUUGACCUUUUGUUUCCAACAAUCCGAUCGGCAAAAAGACCUAGGAGACUAGCUAAUAAGUAAGUCUAUUAAUUUUUUUCAAUAAUAAUAUUAGGGGUCUUAGGUUGGGGCCAGACAUUUGAAUUUCUUUCGGGUUGAGUAAAAAAUGUUGACCUUCAGACAUCGGAUCAAUGGGGUAGUUAAAAAAAUAAUUAAUUUAAAAAAUAAUAAUUGAUAUAGGCCUACUAUAAUUGGUCUUUACAAAAUAAAUUAUAGUCACCGUUAACGGCGAAAUUGUAAAGAUCUCUUGCAGUCACGAAGGUUUUAACGUCUCCCACGAUCGCGGUGAAACAGAUUAUCGACGAAAUAAAUUUGUCAAGAAAAAGACAUUUAGGCCCCCUCCUAGGCCGAGACCCCCGGCACAGCUGUGUUCGCCAUUAGGGAAAUACGGCCCUGACUGGUUGUUUUUAUUGGUGUUUCAUUGUAAACGUCACCUUCUACCUUGUGUACUUUCUUUGUAAAUGUAAUGUAACUUGGAUCUUGUGUCUCUAUGUUUAAAGUUUAAAAUGUAUGUUUUAAACUAAGACUUGUAAUGUAUGUGAAGUUUAGCACCUGGGUGUUUAACUUAACUUUCUAUGGUGUUUCAGGCACAGCUGGUUAUUCAAAAUUUUCAUAUUUAUCAAUCUGUUUUUUGAUUGUGCACCAGUUUAUUUAUUUUUGUUAGUACUUGUAAUUUUAGUUUCAAAUAUACACACUCACAAUUUAAUACAUGAAUAGUAUGUAGAGUCGACUAUAAGAUCUUAUUUUGGUGCUUUUUCUCUUAUUUCAUUACAUUGUAUAGCUUCCACAAUUUUGAGCUUGCUAGAUUUCGAGUUAGAUAGCAAUUUAAUAGGCAUAGCUUGAUCAAGUUGUCUUGGCAUUGAAAACUUUGAAUUAAAUAGAAUUAUUGAUAAAGUGAUUUUAAUUAAGUUAUACAAUACAAGUGACUCUCGCUCAUCCGGAUCGGCAAAAAUUAUUUUUUUGUGGCACAUUACAGUAGAAUCCGAUUAUCCGAGCUAAACUGUAAAAAAGCUGUAAAAAUUAUUACCGGUGGAACUGCAUAUGCAAGGCUAUCAAUACUGUGGACCUGGAACAAAAUUCAAAAAACGGCUCUAUACAUAUUAUACCCAUACAUAUAUACAUAUAUAUAUUAUAGCCAUACAUACGUAUUUGCUUAAAUCUCGAUAGUCCGGAUUUAUCCUAAUCCUGACCGGACGUCCGCCACAUUAGUUGGGAUGAGCGAGAGUCUACUGUACUUCUAAUUAGUUAUUUAAGAUUGACAGCUUAAAGUUACCCUAAUGUUUAGUGAUGAAAUGGCUUUAAUGACAAAGAAUUGUCUUCAAUAGGUGUUAUUUUUUGUACAGAUUUUUGAUUAAAUAUAAGGGCUGUCUGUAAAUUAUGGUCUCCUUCGUAAUUUCUGGUCAUGGUCAUCUAGUUCAAUAUGAGACCGGUGCCAUGUUCUUUACUUUAUCCACAUCAAUUCGAGUUGGUUUCUGUUAACUGGCUAAGGAUUUAAUGUUGGAUCACUCCCUUCCCACAAAGACCUUAUACUUGACAGGACCAUUCACUUACAUUGCCAUCAACUACUACGAAAAACUAAUGGAUAUUGAAUGUAGGGAAUGAAGUAAAGAACAUUGUGUCGAUUUCAGAUUUGACCUAGCGACAGGGGCCCAAUGAAGACUUAAUUAAUGGACACCCUUUGUAAUUUAAAGGAUAGAGUAAAAACAGUAAUAUAAUCAAAAUGUAUGUUUCAGUCAUUUGUCUUCCACAGAAUACAAUCCUUAUCAAAUGUUAUGUCCUGUCAAGAUCACUCUGAACUAUAAACUGUUAAAUUAUUAGGACUAAUUUGUAACUACACAGAAAAACCCCAUAAACCGAAGUGAAAAAGGCAAAGCCGUGAUUCGGGUAACCUAUUUUUUCGAUUUAUCAUAAGAUAAAAAUUAAAAGACUUUUUCAGCUCAAAAUGAUUUAUAACAGUUGUUUAUUUUGUUAUUUGAUCUGUCAUCUUAAAAUCUUCUAUCAAUACAAAUUUGAUCACAGCGGACAUUUAUCGUUGUCGUGCUGGCCUCUUUGUUUGAUUUUUAGCGAAUUUCCCUAUAGGGAAGUAGCUAUUACCGUAGGUGGCACGGUAAGACCUAGACCCGGGACCGAUUUACUUUUUCAUUUUGAUGUCCCCAGAGGCCAAAAACACCAUUCGUUCAAAUUUUUAUAUAUGUAUAUAUAUAUAUAUAUAGACUUAUAUAUAUAUAUAUAGACAUAUAUAUAUAUAAACGUCCGUGAACGCGAUAACUUGAGUAAUUUUUGUCCGAUUUUGAUGAAAUUUGGUUUAAAGGUGUAAAGCGGGAUAAACUUGA